AUGUCAACCCCAACGGGCAACAAUGCCAAUUUUAAUGGCAAAAGGCUCAAUGUUCUAGUCUAUUCUGGUUCGCUUACACAUUCCUCUGCCUGGCAACUCAGCCGUUUGCUGACCGACGACUUCCCGACAGGAACUGGAACUACCGUUGACUCAGUCCGUCAUUGCCUCUAUACACUCCGCCGCCUCCUCGCUCCCCACUAUGCUGUCAUUCCCGUAACAGGCGACAUGCUCCUCAAGGAGCCAUGGAUGACCACAUGUGCAAUGCUUGUCAUGCCCGGCGGCGCAGACUUGGGAUACUGCCGCACGCUCAACGGUGCGGGGAAUCGGCGCAUUGCGCAGUUCGUCCGCAAUGGCGGGAGAUACCUCGGUUUAUGUGCUGGUGGGUACUACGGAUCCAAAAAAUGUGAAUUCGAGGUUGGCGACAAGACCAUGGAGGUCAUUGGGGAUCGCGAACUGGCGUUCUACCCGGGUAUCUGUCGGGGCGGGGCAUUCCCAGGCUUCAUUUAUCAUAGCGAGGCGGGCGCACGCGCUGCAGGGAUCGACGUUGUCAAGGAAGCAUUGAGCAUUGGUACUGUUCCCGCAACCUUUCGGUCGUACUACAAUGGCGGCGGAGUCUUUGUUGACGCGCCGUUGCUCGCGGACAAAGGCGUGGAGGUUCUUGCGAACUAUACGGAGAAAUUGAAUGUCGAUGCUGGGGAGGGAGCUGCUGCUGUUGUCUACUGCAAAGUCGGUAGUGGCGCAGCAAUUUUGACGGGGCCUCAUCCUGAAUUCGCGGCUGCUAAUCUCGAUCCCAAAGCUGGUGGACCCGAAUAUGCGGAAAUGGUGGCGGCACUCGCUGCCGAUGACAAAGAACGUACGGACUUUUUGAAGGUGUGCCUAUCCAAGCUUGGGCUUGAGGUCACGGAAGAGUCAACAGUGCCUUCUUUGUCGUCAUUGCAUAUGUCUGGCGUCAAUGCUGAUGGUCCUAUGGAUAUUCUAUCGGGUCUUGGAGCGACAUUGACCAAAGAAGGGGAGUCCGAGUAUCUCAAAGACGAGCACGAUAAAUUCCGCAUUGAACGGCCUGGAACAUGGAACCUUGGCGAUCUGGAAGAGUCGCUUCCAGCCGCGCAAUCUACCGAGGGUAUUAUUGACUACCAGACUAUCACCAAGCGUCUUGUAUUCCAUGACGAUAUUCCAGACUCGAAACUGACCCCAUAUUUCAACCAUCAUGCAUUUUAUUCUAAUCUUCGUCAAAAUCAAGCCGAGUCUAAGGGAGACGCCUCAACUUUUGGAAACAAUCUGUUGUACGGAGAGGUAGUGACCAGCACGAACACUAUCCUUGAAAAAAACACAAAAUUGCUUCGUCAGCUGCCACAAGGCUUCACGGCGACAGCAACAGCGCAAAUCGCUGGCCGCGGACGCGGAUCCAAUGUCUGGGUUUCACCGGCAGGUUCUCUUAUCUUUUCAACCGUUGUGCGGCACCCAAUCGACAAGAUCCAGUCGGCACCGGUGAUUUUCCUUCAGUAUCUCUCGGCCAUGGCAGUGGUCCGAGGCAUCAAGAACUACGCAAGUGGCUACGACAAGAUCCCAGUUAAAUUAAAAUGGCCUAACGACAUUUAUGCAUUAGAUCCAGACGACCCUGAGCAGAAACGCUACACUAAGAUCUGCGGUAUUCUUAUCAAUUCCCAUUUCAUGUCGAACGAAUACAUCUCCGUCGUCGGCAUCGGUAUCAACGCCACGAACGCCUCCCCAACAACCGCCCUAACGACCCUCGCUGCACGCUACGCACCUCCCGGCGCGUCACCAGUCACACUCGAGAAGCUUCUGGCCCGCAUUCUGACCACUUUUGAGGGGCUGUAUACCCGCUUCUUGCGGACGGGCUUUGAUCGUGGAUUCGAGGCUAUGUAUUACCAAGACUGGCUGCACAUGCACCAGAUUGUCACCCUUGAGGAAGAAGGCGGCGCUCGUGCUCGUAUUCAGGGUAUUACUCGUGAUCAUGGUCUCUUGCUGGCUGAGGAGCUUGGGUGGAAUGAUCGGCCAACAGGCCGGGUUUGGCAGUUGCAAAGUGAUAGCAAUAGCUUUGACUUCUUCCGUGGGCUGGUUAAGAGGAAGGUGUAG